AUGGCUCAGGGUCAGAAUAGGAAUGUUCCUCUGCCAGGACAGAUGCAGAAUUCUGCUGCCAGUGUUUCUUCUCAGUCUAAUAUGGCCAAUGCCAUGUCUCGUGAAUCGAUGAGAAUGCGGCAGGAGAUGCUGAACAGAAUCUACGGUUGGUUACAACAGAGGCAGCCUACAAAGAAUGAUGAUGCCUCCAAGACAAAGUUAUUCGAGGUUUCAAAACGGUUAGAAAGUGCAAUGCACAGGACGGCUAAGUCAAAGGAGGACUAUUUAGAUUUCCGGAGUUUUGAAGUUCGCAUAGAAUCUACUCUGAAACAAAUCUUUAGCCAGCGCGGCCGUCCUAAUCCUUCAAGCUCCGGCACUAUGAUGGUUCAGACACCUGGAGUUUCGCAUGGAUGGGGUCAAAGUUAUCCGGCCACUCCUAUGAUGAAUAUGAGCAACUUCAAUAAUAGUAAUAACUUAUCAGAUGCAAGUAAUCGCAUGAAUGGAGGUGCAAUAAUUAAUGGUCGCCAGCAAUUAUCCGCGGGGUUCUCAGUUAGUUCUGAUGACACUGGCCAGAUGAUUCCGACUCCUGGAUUUAACAACGGUGCUAAUGUUGAUGUAUAUCAGUCUCACCGAUAUGAAGAUAAUUCUAGAGAUGGUGGUGGCAAGCUUCUGGCUGGUGUGUCAGACUUUGGAAAUCCAUCUCAGACGCAGAGGCAACGUCCUGCUGGUUCAAAUGACCGUAUGCUUAGCAAUGUUGACCAGUUGGGAGGUGGUUUCAGGUCAAAUAUUCACCAGAAUGCACCUGGGAUGACCAAUGUUCCUCUAAAUGCUGGUGUAGGGAUGAGUGGGAACAAUGUACAGUUUGCUAAUGGGCCUAGGAGUUCUGAAGGGGUCCUUAAUUCUACGCAUUUUUCAACUUUAUCCCAACCUUUGCAGCAGCCUGUCGAUCAGUCACAGGUGUCACAUAUGCACAGAUACUCAACGAGCAACUCUGGUGCUUUUGGGUCUGGGGAUCUUUAUGGAGUUCUAACAUCAUCUGGCUCAAUGGAACCUGCUGUGGAUAUGAAUUCAAUGAGCAUGAAUCCUAUGCGGAGAGUUGAUGCGUCCUUCGGUAGUAAUCAGUCGAGCAUGCAAGCAGUGGAAAAAACCUCAUUGCUAAAACCUCAUCUACAUCAUCAGUUUGAGAAUGGGAAUUUCCAGUCUUCUUCCAGUUCCAAAGAAAAUUUGGCUCAGGUGAGCCAUCAGCCAGUAGAACAUCAAUUCAACCAACAAGCUCAUCUUGGUCAAUUCCCGAAACAAGAGUACUUACUGAACAACAAUGCUUAUCGUCAAUCUCAGCCAGCUUCAAAUUUAGGUAGUCAAGUUAAGCUUGAACCUCGCGUGGAAUACUACAAUGAAUCUUUUCAGGUGCAGGCUAUAAAUAAAGUAGAGCCAUCCAAGUCGCAGAACCUUUACAAGCAGAACGCUGUCAAAGAUAACUUUGUUGGUGCUCAGAGUUUACCUGUUUCUAGUAGCCAGCUAAAUGUUUCUCCAUCUUUCCCAUCACAAACUCAUCAGACGCAGCAAGUAUCACAAUGGAAAGAUGCGAGUAACCUCUCAGCUGGAGUGCAGCCAGUAUCAGGUGUGGGUCAGUGGCAUUCAUCUUCGCAGGCCUUGACACACGUAUCAAAAAAUUCUAAUGGAGAAAGAGAACAUUUUGGGGUAAAUGCAGGUCAAAGAUUUCCUAUGCACCAGGAAGCUACUAAUGAUUAUUCUUCUGUAAGAGAGUCUAUAAACUACCAAAGUGUUGCUCCUGGAAGUACCUUGGACGCUCCACAUCUCGCCGAAGGAAGCAACACCUUGAGUAAACAGCUGAAUGAAGAUUAUAUAAAUCAGCGGCGGUGGCUUUUGUUCCUGCUACAUGUACGGAAAUGCAAUGCGGGGGAAGAUGACUGUGAAAGCAAGUAUUGUUUUGCUGCCAAAACGCUGUUGAAACAUAUGCAUUACUGCAAGGCCCCUGCUUGCAAGUAUCAAUACUGUCUUCAAACCCGGAAAUUGAUUCAUCAUAACAAGCACUGCGAGGAUGAAGCAUGCCCAGUCUGUGUCUUUGUCAAAAACUUCAAGGAGAAACAAAAAGAAAAAAUUGCUCUCCUCCGAAGAACUGAGUCUAGCUCAGCUAGUUUGAACCAUGGACACAGGGAUCCCUUUGAGUCUAUGCGUGCUUCUAGCGAAAGAGACUCUGAAGCUCCAUCUGUUGUUGAUGAUCUGCAACCGUCUCCGAAGCGUGUGAAAGUUGAGAAACCCUGCCAGUUUGCUUAUCCUGACACACAGAGUAUCCCAGCGAAAAUAUCUUCUACUGGUGUCGGUAAAACUCAUUUUUCAAUGGGUUUGCAAAAGAAAGAUAGUCUACAAAGUGAUGUUUGCAAAACUGUCAGAUCGGAUAUGCCUAUUAAGGCAGAUAGUUCUGAUUCUUCGAGGAUAAAUGUUCCAGUUUCCCGUAAGCUGGAGAAGCCUGUUUGCAAAGAUACCUCCAUGGGAGGACAUGGUGGAAAAUCUGCAUUGGAUGGUGAAACUGUUUCUUUACAAGAGCAAGAAAAACCAAAAUUCACGAAAGAAAUGAGUGCACCCAAAGAAGAGCAUGUGGAACAGUCUGCGGGCGUUGUAUCGGGGUCUAGUAACGGAAAAUCAAAGAUCAAGGGAGUCUCACUGAUUGAGCUGUUCACUCCAGAGCAAGUAGAGGAGCAUAUCCGCGGUCUUCGUCAGUGGGUAGGCCAGAGUAAAACCAAGGCAGAAAAAAACAAAGCAAUGGGACUCUCCAUGUCUGAGAAUUCUUGCCAGUUAUGUGCUGUCGAGAGGCUUGCAUUUGAGCCAACACCUAUUUAUUGCACACCUUGUGGUGCACGUGUCAAGAGAAAUGCUAUGCACUAUACUGUUGUGGCUGGUGAGUCACGGCAUUAUGUCUGCAUUCCUUGCUACAAUGAAGCGCGGUCGAACACUGUUUCUGUUGAUGGAACUCCUGUCCCGAAGUCAAGGUUUGAGAAAAAGAAAAAUGAUGAAGAGGUUGAAGAAUCGUGGGUGCAAUGUGAUAAAUGUCAAGCAUGGCAGCAUCAAAUUUGUGCUUUAUUCAACGGCCGUAGGAAUCAUGGGCAAGCCGAGUACACUUGCCCUAACUGUUAUAUACAAGAGGUGGAACAAGGAGAAAGGAAGCCAGUGUCACAAAGUGUUAUUCUGGGGGCAAAAAGUUUGCCAGCCAGUACUCUUAGCAACCAUUUAGAACAGCGGUUGUUCAAGAAAUUGAAGCAGGAAAGACAGGAGAGAGCUAGACUUCAAGGAAAAAGCUACGAGGAGGUCCCCGGAGCUGACUCACUUGUUAUCAGAGUUGUUGCAUCUGUCGACAAAAUAUUAGAAGUAAAGCCACGCUUCCUUGACAUUUUCCGAGAAGAGAAUUACUCAUCAGAAUUUCCUUAUAAGUCUAAGGCCAUUCUGUUGUUUCAGAAGAUUGAAGGUGUUGAAGUAUGCUUGUUUGGCAUGUACGUCCAGGAAUUUGGAACAGAUUCAGCGUCUCCCAAUCAGCGGCGGGUAUACCUAUCCUAUCUGGAUUCGGUUAAGUACUUCAGACCUGACGUUAAAACAGUGACUGGAGAGGCCCUCCGUACUUUUGUAUACCAUGAAAUUUUGAUUGGUUAUCUUGAUUACUGUAAGAAACGUGGUUUUUCAAGCUGCUAUAUAUGGGCAUGCCCCCCUCUCAAGGGUGAAGAUUAUAUAUUAUAUUGUCAUCCUGAAAUUCAGAAAACGCCAAAGACUGACAAGCUAAGGGAAUGGUAUUUGGCAAUGCUAAGGAAAGCCUCCAAGGAAAAAGUGGUUGUUGAAUGUACAAACUUCUAUGAUCAUUUUUUCGUCCAGUCUGGUGAAUGUAAAGCUAAGGUAACAGCAGCAAGGUUGCCAUAUUUCGAUGGCGACUACUGGCCAGGUGCCGCCGAGGAUUUAAUAGAUCAAAUGAGCCAAGAAGAAGAUGGCAAAAAGUCGAAUAGAAAAGUGAUGCCGAAAAAGGUCAUAUCGAAAAGGGCUCUAAAAGCAGUAGGUCAGUUGGACCUUUCUGUUAAUGCCUCAAAGGAUCUUCUGCUAAUGCAUAAACUGGGUGAGAUCAUCCUCCCAAUGAAGGAAGAUUUCAUCAUGGUUCAUUUACAACAUUGUUGCAAGCAUUGUUGCACUCUCAUGGUAUCUGGAAAUCGGUGGGUGUGCAAGCAGUGCAAGAAUUUUCAGAUUUGUGACAAGUGUCAUGAAGUGGAAGAGAACCGUUUGGAAAAGGAGAAACAUCCCGUCAAUCAGAAGGAGAAGCAUUUACUAUAUCCUGUUGCCGUUGAGGACAUUCCUACUGAAAUUAAGGACAAUGACGGGAUCCUCGAGAGCGAAUUCUUUGAUACAAGGCAAGCUUUCCUGAGUCUCUGCCAAGGGAAUCACUAUCAGUACGACACGCUAAGACGGGCAAAACACUCUUCUAUGAUGAUUCUCUAUCAUCUUCACAACCCAACCGUCCCUGCAUUUGCAACGGCAUGUGCCAUCUGCCAGCAAGAACUAGAAACUGCUCAAGGUUGGCGCUGCGACGUUUGUCCUGACUAUGAUGUUUGCAGUGCUUGCUACUCAAAAGGCAUCAACCAUCCACAUAGCCUUAUUUGUCGUCCAUCUGCGACAGAUUCUGUUGUACAGACAACACAAACUAAUCAAAUCCAGACUGCACAGUUAAGAGAACUGCUGCUACACGUGAUUGCAUGCUGCACUGCACAGUGCCAGUAUCCAAGGUGUCGCAUGAUUAAGAUUCUUUUCAGGCAUGGUGUUGCAUGCAAGACCAGAGGCUGCGUCCAUUGUAAGAGAAUGUGGGCCCUCUUCCGAAUGCACGCCCGAAACUGCAGAGAUCCUCAAUGCAGAGUACCCAAGUGCAGAGACUUGAGAGCUCAUUUUAGUAGAAAGCAACAACAGGCAGAUUCAAGACGCAGAGCAGCUGUGAUGGAGAUGGUGCGGCAGAGAACCACAGAUGCAGAAACCUCCACUCCUGACUGA